AGAGCGUAUCGCGUGUCGUCUCUUCGUCGACGAGCGGAGUGCCCGCACAGAAUAUUCCUGGUGCUCGUCAGUCGCGUGCUGACCAGCCGACUGUGCGUACGUAUUGUCCUCCACGACCCGUGCUGAUCAGCUGUCCGACAUUUAGCUCGGCAAUUGAUGACAGAAAAACCUUGCUAAAAUUCCUGCCAACCACCCCGAUCGAGACUACGUUCCAUCGAUAUCUCGACGAGCGAUCGUUUCUGAAAGUUAAGCAGCAGGUUGAUCCAUGAACGAACCGUUCGUCUUGGUAACGCGCGAGUGAACGAUCGAUCGAAUUAGAGACGGUUCAGAGUGUGGCGUUGAGAGUUUCAGUGAUCGAUUGGAACGAUAACUCGGCGAGGAUCCGGCUAACUGGUCGAAAGAAAGAACGUACAUGCUCUCAAUCGGUGGCUAUUCCUGCUUGAUGAGUCGUGUUCGACCGUCUCGGAUCUAAGGAUCCGAUCGACGUCGAGGAACAGCGCACAUUGUUCCUUGAUAGAUCUUCGAAGGAAACAAAACUGCGGUAGGAUGUUGAACGACAACGUGUGGAAGCACAGGCGUGUGCCUGUCCCCAAGAGAACCAUCGAAUUGGUCGCUCUUGUAGCAAUUUCCAGCACUCUCUUCCUCUUCCUUCACACAAGAGAGCUGCACUCGCGUCUACGAAAAAUGGAAGUUCGUCUACAACCCGGAGAAGACGAGAUGCUAUCGGCAAAUCAGCUCUCAUCCGAAGGAGUUCAAACAGAUUCUAGUCCAAAUGGAAUCGUCCAUUACUCAUACGGACAUCGUAUGUUCGCAAUGAAGAAUAGAGAACCAGAAGUGCUGGACAUCGAUGCGCUCAAUAACACAAAACGAGCGGGCAGACAGAUUUUGUUCUUCAAUCGAGUACCAAAAGUUGGCUCUCAAACUUUCAUGGAACUAUUGAGGAGGCUGUCCAUGAGAAAUGGGUUUACUUUUAACAGAGAUCGUGUUCAGCGAGUAGAAACCAUACGCCUUGCUCCCAUUGAACAGAUUCAACUUGCCAGGAUGGUCAGCGGUUAUGCAGAACCAUCAGUGUAUAUAAAACACGUGUGUUUCACCAACUUCACUGAAUUCAACCUGCCUCAGCCAAUUUACAUCAACAUAGUCCGAGACCCUGUUGAGAGAGUGAUAUCCUGGUACUAUUAUGUUCGAGCACCUUGGUAUUACGUGGAGAGAAAGCAAAUAUUUCCAGAUCUACCCCUGCCGGAUCCCAAUUGGUUAAAAAAGGACUUCGAGACCUGUGUACUUAAGGCGGACCGUGAAUGCAGAUACCUGGAGGGCGAAAUUCACGAAGGGAUUGGCGAUCAUCGCAGGCAAACGUUAUUUUUCUGUGGUCACAGCGAGAAAUGCACGCCAUUCAACACUGUGGGAGCCCUGGAACGAGCGAAAAUGGCGGUAGAAAAACACUAUGCCGUUGUUGGUGUACUCGAGGACGUGAAUGCCACUCUCACGGUACUGGAAAAUUAUAUACCCCGAUUUUUUCAAGGAGCCACUGAUGUCUACUAUGACGAAGUGAACGCGUUCACCAGAAUCAACCGAAAUUUCUUCAAGCCUCCAGUCAGCGAAGAAAUAAAAGACAUGGUACGAAGCAAUUUCACUCGAGAGAUCGAGUUCUAUCAGUUCUGCAAGCAGCGUUUAUACAAGCAGCUAAGAGCCUUGAAAUUGUCGAAGAGCACGUCAUAUUCAGGAACAAACAGUUUAUAAUUGCCUCAAAGACACAUUGAAUUUCUUUCAACCGCAAGGGCGACUUAAGAUGGCUGAAAACAACGAAACAUGGACGUAUGAAGAUCUUUGCGAGAAGCAAUAACAGAGAAGAAAACAGAAAGUUACAGAUAACAAUUAUUUUUAACAGAAAAUUGUUUGAAGCACGUUGGAACAGUACGCCAAAAGUGUUCCAUGAAUCUAUUAAAAAAGUCAAUGAUCGAUUUUAAAGAACAAAUGUUAAUUUUUUGUGAUUCACGCGAGUGAGUGUUUUGAUUUUGAAUGGGACACUUGUAACCGAGUGCCUGUCUUGCUUUGUGAUUUUUCUUAUUCAUAUUACAUGUAAUUUAAAGAAACAGCGAUGCGUUAAAAUCGUUAGAUCAACGAAUAUUCAUGAUAUAUGAUGUUAAGCAUAUUUAUUUAUGUAAAGUCAGCUUGUAAAACACGCGAAGUGUUUCCGAAUUUAGGGUUUUUCGAUUGUUUCUUCUUUUAAUAAGUCAAGGACCACUGUAAAGACUGAUCUGAGAGACCAGACACUGUUUUUAACGAUGGGUACUUAAUUACUGCGACAGAAAUUCACAGGGUACUGCUUAUCAGAUCACUGAUCGUUUUUAUUUUUAACGUUGACUUAAGCUGUUUUUUUAAUGUUCACUUCUUUCCUCUGUUUUUGUAAUAAACAGCUGCCAUUCCGAACUGUACUUCUUUUCUUCCUGUAUACCUUUACAAAUCGACCUUAUUAUACCGAUACCUGAUGAACAUUGUAACUACUUUAUACAUAUUAGGUUUACAUAAGAUUUACAAUUUUUUGCCUUUUUUUACGUAUUUUUACCGUUAAUGUAAUAAAAAUUUAUGUAUAGCUUAUUUCUUAUUUUUUUUUGUAGUGUUAAUAGUUGCUUGUUGUAAAAUACUUGGAAGCCAGUUUUUGAUUAAGUUAGAAUAUGAAAUUGAAGAAUAGAACAUCGUAAUAGUUGCAAUAAUAAAUGUGUUUGGAAAAAAUUCAAGGAAAAAUAAAUGUAAUAAAAAUUACAGUAUUGUAUCUGUAGAUAUAAUUGGUA